AUACUUUCCCCCCAAACACCAUCUCUCGACUUAGACUAAACACUCGCUACUCUUUCAACUUUCUCUGUCUUUUCUUCCGAAUUGAAGAAUGAUGGAUUGAAGACCGGGUGAUUACAAUUUCAUAGAUUGGGGCUUUUACAAUUGCUCCGAUUAAGAGGCGAUUGGGUUUCAUAGUAUAGCUAAUUAGGGUUCAAGCGAUUUGCAUUAAAGCUAAUUUGGUGUUUAAAGCUUGCAUUGAGGGCAAAGUUUGAAGAACUUGGGUUGGGUAACUAUGGGACUAAUCCGAAUCCACCAGCAGUCCACAAAGGAAAAGGAAAAGAAAAAAGCCAAGAGGUUUCUGAUGAAUAUAUCAUGGAAAGUGAGAGCGAAAGUGAUGAUUCAUCGACGAGCAUUCAGACCAUCAAGAAAAGGAAAACACUGCCUGGUCCCCGAACUCGUUCGCGAGCCAAUGCUUCCACUACUAUGAACACCAAAGUGAAGCAUUCAUUUGCUCCAAAACUGAUAAAACCAACAUGUAGUAAAUUGUUAAAACAGCAUUGUAAUGUCGAAAGUGGUUCAGCUGCUGCAUAUGUAGCCCUGCGGGAAUGUCAGAAGCAAAAUCUAGAAGUUGAUCCUAGGAUUGAGGAUGUUGGUGAGUCGAAUUUACAAGAUGCACAUGAUGAUGAAGAAGUUGAAGAAGAGCCUAAAAGACGUAGAGGACGGACAAAAAUGUUAAAAGUUCAUGGUAGGAGUAGUAACGAAAAGCUAGUCGUUACAUUCAAUAAAUGCGGUCAACCAAUUGGAGACAAGAAGAUUAGAUAUGAGCUAAGCAAUUUUAUGGGGACACUAGUUAAAGAUCAUGUGUCGCUUACUCAUGUUAACUGGCAUCUUGUUCCGCAAGAAUUAAAGAACAAAAUGUUGCAAUAUAUUCUGGAUAGGUAUGAUAUUCCGGAACACGGGCAAAAAUGGAUAAAUAAGACACUUAAUUCUUCUUGGAGAGUGCACAAGUCCCGUGUCAAGAAGGAUCAUUAUACAAAAUAUGACACUGACGAAAAAAGGAUUGAAAAUAGGCCACCUGAAAUUCCACUGGAUGAUUUUAAGAUAUUGUUGAAGUAUUGGGCAGAUGAAGGAGUUCAGUCACUUGCAGAGGAUAAUACAGCACGUCCUAUGUUGACCCCCACACACUUGGUCGUAAAACUCUUGCUGAACUUAAAGAUGAACUGAAAAGUAAAGACCCCAAUCUUGCCUCUCCCUCACAAGCUAAAAUCUAUGUGAAAAGUCGUAAGCACAAAAAGGGGCACAAGUACAAGUCAAAUAGGAAAGCAAUCAACAAAAGAAUUGAUUCCAUUGACGAGAUGCUGAAAGAAGGAAAUGAUGCAGAUGUGAUGCUUCCCGGAGGCAAACAUGGGGCAGAUUGGUUGGUAGGAAGGAAGGGCACAGCAGUUGCCUUGGAAAAAAUUCACGCUAUUCCAGAACCUUAUGUUGAUGAGUUGACUGCAAAGAUAACUCAAAAUCUGGAGAAUGAAAUGGUAGCCAAGGUAAAUAGAAAAGUCCAGGAGAACAUGGCUUGGUUGCUAAAAAAAACUAGGAGAGGCAAAUCCUAGUAUGAAAUUUGAUAUUGGAGACUUUUGUGCGACCUUCUCAAGUGAUCAAGACGAGAAUGGCACACCUAUCACUCCCGCCACUCAAACUCCUGGCACACAAGGCGGCACUUCUUAAAUAUGUUAUCGGAUUUGCCUUUAUCAAACUUAGUUACUUUUAUGCUCUUGUACCCUGGUAGACAGUACUUUGAACUGUUAUUUAGUACUUAUGUCGUAAUUUGGAUAUGCAGUAUUUUGGAGUAGUUGGUGUAGGAAAUGAGACUAUUUGGAGUAGUUGGUUUUGGAGUACUUUUGUCAUGUACUGGAAUUGGUUUGGUUUAGAGAUGAGAUUGUUAUGUAUUGGUACUUUGUUGUUUUGGUGCUACUGUGGGAUUGUUGUUUAAACAGAGCAUGUAUUUCAAAAAUUAUAUUAUUAAGUGUUACAUUUGCCUA